UGGCUCAUCCAUCAGCGCUAGUAGAGAGUAGCCAUUUUGGUCCAACCUAAAACACCAGCUUCACUUGGGCCGGAGAUGGAGGAAACCGAACCGACAGCAGGCCGUUCGCGAAUAGAAACAUCUUGAAAUUCAACGAUUUGUCAAGCGGUGAAUGUCUUUAAUCGCUAUAGCAUUUCACUUAGCGACAGGAGAAAGAGGGGCCAUUUACAGGAGCAAUGACAGCUGCCUUCCGCCGUUGCUGAUUGAAGUCGGUCAGUCUCUGAUUAGUUCAAUUGAACACAGGCCAUGUAUGAUAUGUUAUUUUGCAAUUAAAUACGGUACACAUGACCUUCCAACAAUUUACGUAAAGAACUAUCGCUCGGAUUAUCCGGUGCUGAGGUAGUCCAGGGCAAAUUUAUGUAAUUUCAGUAUUGUGAACAUUUCUCGUUUGAUGGAUCAACGUUGAGAUCUUUGCUCGAGCCCAUGGUUUGGGACCAACACUUAAAUUCCCUGUUUUGCCAAACGUGGUGGAGUAUCGGAAAAUAAAUUAACGACAACGAGGAAAAGAAAAUGUCAGCAAAAACGCCAUUACCUACUGUAAACGAGAAGGAGACGGAAAGCUUUGGACUUGCGUAGAACCCACCUCCUCCUGUUCAAUGACACUGCUCUGACACAGUCCAUUCUCGUUGAGAGCAUCGGGGUGAGAGGAUCCAUGAGCUAUCCCCACAAAAACGAGAGAGUUAUCUGGUUAAAUGCCAUUCAAAUUGCCAAAAAGAAAAUGACAGGAACUCAGUCAACAAAGAGGAAUCGUACCAGCAUUCACACGUCUCAGAGCAGCGGCCGUCAGGAGGUCACAGCGCGCCCUGCCCGCUCUGGUGUCCGCGCCCGCAACUCUGGUGCGGACGAGCAGCCGCAUGUGGGGAACUACCGUCUCCUGAAGACCAUCGGGAAGGGCAACUUUGCCAAGGUCAAGCUGGCCCGACAUAUCCUCACAGGGAGAGAGGUAGCAAUAAAGAUCAUCGAUAAGACACAACUGAAUCCCAACAGCCUUCAAAAGCUGUUCAGAGAAGUAAGAAUCAUGAAGAUCUUGAAUCACCCAAAUAUAGUUAAGCUUUUUGAGGUGAUUGAGACGGAGAGGACACUGUACCUGGUGAUGGAGUACGCAAGUGGAGGAGAGGUGUUUGACUACCUCGUAGCACACGGAAGAAUGAAGGAAAAAGAGGCCAGGGCUAAAUUUAGACAGAUCGUAUCCGCUGUGCAGUACUGCCACCAGAAGCACAUUGUUCACAGAGACCUUAAGGCUGAGAACUUGCUCCUGGACGCCGACAUGAACAUCAAGAUCGCCGACUUCGGCUUCAGCAACGAGUUCACGAUGGGCAGCAAGCUGGACACGUUCUGCGGCUCCCCCCCCUACGCCGCCCCGGAGCUCUUCCAGGGGAAGAAGUACGACGGGCCCGAGGUGGACGUGUGGAGCCUGGGGGUCAUCCUCUACACGCUGGUCAGCGGCUCCCUGCCCUUCGACGGGCAGAACCUCAAGGAGCUGAGAGAGAGGGUUCUGAGGGGGAAGUACCGCAUCCCCUUCUACAUGUCCACCGACUGUGAGAACCUCCUGAAGCGCUUCCUGGUCCUCAACCCAGCCAAGAGGGGGACUCUGGAGGUGAGGGAGGACGCCGAAAACCAAAUCAUGAAGGAUCGUUGGAUCAACGCCGGCUCAGAGGAGGACGAACUGAAGCCUUUCAUCGAACCAGUACUGGACAUCACUGACCAGAAGAGAAUAGACGUGAUGGUGGGGAUGGGCUAUACCCUGGAGGAGAUCCAAGACUCUCUGGCCAAGAUGAAGUAUGAUGAGAUCACCGCCACCUACCUUCUGCUGGGCAGGAAGUCGCCCGAGAUGGAGGUCUCUGACUCCACCUCCAACAGUAACCUGUCCCUGGCCAAGCCCCGGCCCACGAGUGAGCUCAACGGCCAAUCGCCAUCGCACCUGAAGGUCCAGAGGAGCUCUUCCUCAUCCAAUCAGAAGCAGAGGCGCUACAGCGAGCAGGUUGGUCAGAACGCGGGGGCGGCUCACCCCAAGAGGAGCCAGACGGCCAUUGCGGAGAGCAGCAUCAAAGAGGAGGGAGGCGUGUCGCUCCGCAAGCCCAGCACCCCGGGGGGGCGUGGGGGACCCCCCUCCAGCCCCCUGCUGGGCAACGCCAACAACCCCAACAAAGCGGACAUCCCAGACCGCAAGAAGGGGGCCACCACGGGCCCCAACAACACUACUGCCUCGGCCGGCAUGAGCAGGAGGAACACGUACGUGUGCAGUGACAGGAACAACACGGACCGUCUGUCAGUCAUUCCCAACGGGAAGGAGAACAGUGUGGCUGUGCCCACUGCCCAGCCUAACCCGGUGGCCUCCACCCACAGCAUCACCAGCUCCACCACGCCCGACAGACUACGUUUCCCACGAGGCACGGCGAGUCGCAACACCUUCCACGGGGGCCAGCUGAGGGACCGUCGCACGGCCACCUACAACGGGCCCCCGGCAUCGCCCACGCUGUCCCACGACGCCGCGCCGCUGUCUCAGACGCGCAGCCGCGGCACCAGCAACCUGUUCUCCAAACUCACCUCCAAACUGACCCGCAGAGUCUCAACCGACUUUGAGAGAACCGGGAGAUUUGAGGGCUCAAGUCGCCAUGUACCUGGGGAUCAGAAAGGGGAAACUAAAGACGAUAAACCCCGCUCCCUCAGAUUCACUUGGAGUAUGAGGACCACCAGCUCCAUGGAGGCCUGCGACAUCAUGCGGGAGAUUCGCAAGGUGCUCGACGCAAACAACUGCGACUACGAACAGCAGGACAACUUCCUGCUGCUGUGCGUCCAUGGCGAUGGCCACGCGGAGAACCUUGUCCAGUGGGAGAUGGAGGUGUGCAAGCUUCCACGUCUGUCUCUCAACGGAGUGAGAUUCAAGAGGAUAUCAGGAUCAUCCAUCGCGUUUAAAAACAUUGCUUCCAAAGUUUCCAACGAGUUAAAGCUAUAAAGAAAGGGGCAGAAAUAUCGAAGUAUUUAAAGCUGUACAAUCAAGUAGCAGUUUCCAAAUGUCUUUUUUUUUUUUUUUACAAAAUACAGACUGUAUUAUGUAUAGAGUAAUGCUUUGGCAAUAAUCACUGAUCUACUUACUAAUAUCUGCAGUAUAUUCUGGUCACGUGGCCAUCAUAACGAGUUGAAUAUGAUUUGUCAUGCUGUGAAUGUGGACAAGAGCAUUUCCUGUGUCUAUUUAUUUCAUUUUAUCUUAAACGUUUUACAAGUAGCGUAUUGUUUUCAGUGUAAAUAAUGUACCUUACUUUCAAGACAGCUACACAAUUUACUUCAUUUAUUUUAUAUUGUUUAAAAAUAUAGAUGGAAACCAUGUAAAUGCUCAAGGUAAAUCACGUGUCAAUUAAAAUGUCUAAAACCUGAA